UUUCCCUUACUCUGUAAUAUUUACAUAUAUAUACAUACGUAUUAUAUACAUACAUACAUAUAUAUAUAUAUACGAGUACAUAUAUGCACGUAUAAACACACGCGUGUCCCGUAUUCGCACGUUAUACGUGGUACCAGGCGCACAGUGCGAAAGAAAAUAGUAAUAUCGGUGCGGAAAAGGGGGUUGUACCGUCGUAUACGCGAGUGUGCUCCUUCGAUCCGGCGUGUCUCGUUAUAUAGCUGCAUCACUUUCCUACGGAUCUCCACGCCGCGUCAAGUGCCGCUCGGCCAAUUAAGCGAAACUCUCAGCGUUAAGCCGAUCUACCCGAAGAUCUUCGAACAUGUCGCUGCUCAGCGUCACGGUGAAGAAGGCGCGGUUCGUCUGCGAGGAAGCGGAACAGUUCAACUCCUACGUAACGCUGAAGCUGCAGAACGUGAAGUCAACGACAGUCACUGUGAAAGGGGCCAAUCCAUGCUGGGAGCAAGACUUUCUUUUCGAAACGAACGACAUGAACACGGGCCUUCUGGUCGAGGUCUGGUGCAAGGGUUUCCUAUGGGAUCGUUUCCUGGGCUACUACUACGUCCCAUUAUCAGAAGUGUCCUACAUGAAUGAGGUAACGUCUAAGCAGUCCUACAAUACAUCCGCCACGAUAUCGACAGGGAAACAAGAACAACGACACAUAUCCCCUGACAGCAUGCGCGACACGAACAGCAAUACACAGCCACCAGACAUCACCAACACGGAGGGUCCCGGACAAUGGGUCAGUCUCGAUUCGGAGCUCGAAAUGAAAGGUGCCGAAAUCAUCGGCACAAAAAAGCCAACCGGGCACACUCUUUUCAUAGACUGCCGUUUGGAGCUUCCUUUCGACCCCGAGAACACGGAGGCGGCCGAUCUGCAGAGGAAGCUGGAAAUGCUGAACAACAUGAUGGACCAGGAAGCACGAGCCGAACAGGCACGACGACAGAUAUUGUACAAUAUAGGCCACUCUGGUUACUCGGAGGAUUCAGACUACACGUCGGACCUGAAUUAUCCAGUAGGCGGACAAGGUGCGAACAGCUCGGCUUCGCAGUUUCGUACAGCUGCCAACCAAUUGGCCACCCCUCAAAGAUCCCUCGAGACCUCGAGAGAAAAUAGCUACGAGAGGGAUGAUCAUCAGAUUCCGGCUACAGUUGGAGGCAGACUAGCUCCGAGUAAUUACGGAAGUUACGGUGGAUCGGGCCAUAGUCCACGUUACGACGAACCGUAUCCCGAAGAAGGUCCACCGCAAAGGUAUUCUCAGUCUCAACACGCUUCAGAAUCUUCCGAGCCACUCUUCUACAAUAGUAGACCAAGACACUAUAAGGAAUACAGACGACGGAAGCACACGUGGGAUUACGAGGACAGCCAAGACGGCUGGUACAGCGAGGGUUACGACUAUCAUGGCACAAGAGUCGACGAAACAAGGAUCUACAGCGAUACGGAGUACUACCCGAGCACCACGACGAGCUCUUCUAGACGAAGAGGUCCCCAUAGACGGCCGUCUCUAGAAAGGCAGAUGACAUUGUACGACGAUCACUCUUAUUACGCUGAUGAAUACAGCAGCGAAGGAAGAGUCGGGAAGAUGAGUGCCACGUAUCCGGAAUGCCAGACGGACAUCAGAUACAAUGAAUACUACGAUAGCAUCACGGGAUACACUUAUCAGGACGAAAGGUACGGUCAAGACGACGAGGACAGACAGUGGGACAGCGGAGGGAAAUGGUAUUUAGGAACAAGUAUCUACUACGAGAACAAACGGAAUAGAAAAACGCUUCCACAGAGGCCUGCAUCUAGCAUCGGUAUUCAUCGACCCGAUUAUAGACCAACGGUUACCAGACAACGCAGUUACGAAUCCGACGAACUCAAUUACAGCGGCCAUAGUACCCGUCGUCGAAAACCGCUUCAACCCCAACAACGACCGACGUCUCGACAAGAAGGGACGGGGAAGAAACUACCUCCGACACCAACAAAACCCAGCAACGUUAUUAUCAGCCGUAAGCUUACCUCCUUACCUGCCACGCCGAGCAGGCAACUGCCAAAGACUAGAACGCCCUCCGAGGAAGGCUAUUACAAGUCUGACUACAACGAGGACUAUAAUUACGCUUAUCGUAGUCAAGACAAUUUACCUCAGGAUACCUACAUUGACAGCAUAUACAGCGACCAGAGCGGCUACGAUCAGAUCCACGCGCCUGGGAAAACUCAGUACGUCGAGGAUAGUCAAUACGGGUCCAGUUACACGCCCCAGGUCGCCGAACAGUACGGUCGUUCGUAUCAAGAGCCACAGACGCAGGAUCCGUACGAUCAGACGUAUUUACAGAACUCGUACAAAGACGAGUACCAAACGCCUUACGUUCAACAGAACGCUCAAGUUUAUCAGGACACGUAUCAGGACAUGACAUAUCCGAACGCCAGUCAGCCGAACGAUCAAUACGUUAGCGAAACCGUCGAUCAAUAUAGAAAAACGGGUACCGACGACAAUUACCAGGUGAUGGGUUACGAGCAGAACAACGUGCAAAAGGAGAGAAAGAAGACGCACUCGUACAAAAAGGACGCGUACCAAGAGCAAUACAGCGAUUAUGACGUGUCCGUGCCGUCGAGCGUAUACGACCAAAACAACGUGACAAAUACUUAUAAUCAGUACCCACCCGAGCAAUACGAUUCGCAGUACAAUAUAAAUACGUCGACCGGCUAUCAGAAAGCUUAUCCGGACAAGUACAAUCAAGACGCGUACAAUCAGGACACGUUCAAAGAGAGCGCGUACAACGAAGACCCGUACAGCGUGCAGGACACCUACAGCCAACAGGAUACUUACAAUCAACAGGAUACCUACAGCCAACAAGACAGCUACAGUCAACAGGAUACUUACAGCCAACAGGAUACUUACAACCAACAGGAUACUUACAGCCAACAAGACGCUUAUAACCAGCAGGAUGUUUACAACCAACAAGAUGCCUACGCUAAACAGGAUACGUACAACCAACAGGACACGUAUAAUCAACAAGAUGCAUACAGCAAAGAGGAUACGUACAAUCAGCAAGACACUUACAAUCAACAAGACGCGUAUAGUAAACAGGAUACGUACAAUCAGCAAGACGCUUACAUCCAACAAGACACUUACAACCAGCAAGACACUUACAACCAGCAAGACACGUACAAUCAACAAGAUACUUACAACCAGCAAGACACAUACAACCAGCAAGAUACUUACAGUCAACAAGAUACCUACAACCAACAGGACGCCUACAGCAAACAGGAUACCUACAAUCAAGUGCCCGUUACGUCUCAAAGCAACUACGAGGACACGUACAACAACGAGAAAGACUACGUCGAUUAUCAGCCGCCCUACAGCAAGGAAGAAACGAGCAGCGCGCCGUACAAAAGCGAUUAUCAGGAUCAAUACCAGGACUACCAGGAUCAGUACGAGGAAUCCUAUCACGACUCUUAUCAAGGAUCGUUCGAGGAGCGUUACAAGGAGAGUCCAGUGGCCAGCACGGAAAGGAGACAGAGCGAGGUGCCAGAGUUGUCGGUGACCACACCGAGAGGUCAGACGAGAACCAACGGUUACCAAUCCAGCGAGUCGGAUUACUUCUAUCCUACCCAAGAGAGCCAAGAAGUGUCCGCGGUUGGACUGACCAGACGGAAGAAGCUCGAGAAGCGCGAACCGAGUCCGCUCGUUCAACAGAACACCGAUUCCUUGGAGUCCAGGGACGACGAGUUGAAGGAGUCGAUCGACACUACGGUGAGCUCGAUUCGUAGCAUCCAGCAGAAGGUGGGCGAGUAUCCGAUAGCCGGCGACUCCGUUCCUAUUGUUCCCACCCUGAUCGAGUCUCCGUCGACCACGGUGCAACCGAUUACGACGAUGGUGAACCACGUAACGUCGAAUCACGUGACGUCGAACAUGACGGUGACGGGCACGGCGAACGGGAAACGAUUGGUCAGGACCGAGUCCUAUCACGAGGACACCAUCGAGGACGAAGAGUACCCGGAAAUCAUUCCCAAGGAGCCGCAGAGAAAGGACUCGCACCAGAGUCAGCUCAGCCAGCAUUCCCAGCACAGCCAGCACUCACAGAAACCGAAACUGACCAGGGGGGAUUCGUACGCGUCCGAUCACUUCCCCGAAGAGUCCUACAGCAGAAAGGGUUCGUACACCCAACCGACCAGGAAGGAUUCGUUCUCCUCGACCACUCAAGAGACUUUCAAGCCACCCCUGACCAGGUCGGACUCGUAUCAGAAGAGAGGCAGCUAUGGGCAGAACUUCAAUGCCCCGCAACCGAUCUCCAGAGCUGAAAGUUAUCAGCGCGGAUACUUCAAAGACCAAGAGUCUAUAGAGGAGCCGGACGUUGCUCUGAGCAACGCGGUCAACGACGAUUACAAGAUGAGGAACGAGUCUCUCGAAAGGUACGAGCGAGCCGAUGAAGCGAUGCUUCGCACUUCUCGAGAGGACUCGUUAGUGGACUCGUACAAAACUACACCGCCCAUGUCGCACACGGACAGCCCUCACGGGAGUAUAACGAAACAAGCAUCGUUGGAAGAAAGCGUCCAGAUGGACACUCCACCGAGGAGUCCACCCGAACCGCCACCGGACGAGGAACUUCUCGAGAUGGUCGGCGCUGCACCAAUGCCUACGCAGCUCAAAGAACGGCCGGAGAUGACAUCGAGGCAACGAUGGCAUUGGGCGUACAACCAAAUCGUCAUGCAGCUGCGGGUGAGUAACUAUAUUCGUUCGAUCUUCUCGAGAAUCGUAUUGAUCCGGUGCGUGAAAUCGACGGUCGCAGGUGAGUCUUAUCUUCGCACAGUGCUUUGUCCUUAAUUAUGGUGGUGGUCGAAUUGGGCAGAUAGUCGUAUUAUUACGAUCUCGAAUAAAUGUCUGCCAUUCGAUGACGUCGGUUUAUGCUUAGCUCCUGAACCCUCUGCGAAACUUACGAUACGACAGGAGUAACAUACUAUCCUCUGCGAAUGAAGAUUUUGCGAAAAACCGUUAAACGUAAGUGCUCCCCGGUCGUAAAAAUGAUAAGCAGAGAACAAUGCUUUAGUAAUAUUGCUCAAUUUCUCUCUAGAGAGUCGCUUGAGCGAGAAAGCAAAGCUUCACUUCGCUUCACUAGUCGUACUUGUUAAACCGUCUACGAUGAUUCACAUUUAACCAACGUAAAGACAAAUACAAUAAUACUUCGAUUUAGUGUUAUUAAUGGACAGAACUCAACGGUCUCAUAUUACAUUAUCAAAUUAUAUAUUAUUUGUUGCCUCCACGAAAUUAUUUUAAUCCCGAACUGUAAAUUGUAACUUUAGAAAUUUUUUUUUCCAUUUCGAAUUUUAUGCUCGGCUAUAUAUUCUUUAAAUAUUGCAUUAUCCACAUAUACGCACACUGUUCGUGUGUACUUAAAUUAGAUUUACCAAACAGUUGUAUUUAAUGACCACAUUUGGCCCCAAUUAGUCCGCUAAAUCGAGGUUUUACUGUAUUUAGAUUAUGUAAAUUGAUGCGAGAAAUGGUAAAAACGGCACGAAUACUAGAAUUUAAGUUCAUCCCUCGUAUUAUGGUAUGUACUAUAGGUUAGACCUGACGUGUACGAAAAUUAUUUUUGUACGUAUUUCAGGGGAAUGUUUUGUGCCAGAAUUUUACAUUGUUACGAUUCCAAAUUCUUUCGAGGACAUAUUAGCGCGUGAUGUAUGUCAAAAAUUAGAUUAAUUUAAUGAUUCGUUACUCGGGAAGAGUAAUACA